AUGGUGAAGGCGUCUCUUUGCGUACUGCUGGUGACCUUGGUCCUCGCAGUCAUCGCCGCGCAGGCUCAAGCAGUGUCGCCGGCUAAGACGACACAGGCUGUCAUGGACGCAGUUGUGAAGCAAGAGGUGGAGAACGCCAUCAACUGCAACCCCAGCGUCGGCGCCGCCCUCGUCCGGCUGGUCUUCCACGACUGCUGGGUCCGCGGUUGCGAUGCAUCCGUGCUCCUCGACAAAACACCGUCGAGCAGUAGCGUCGAAAAGAAGGCGGCCAACAACAUCGGCCUCGCCGGCUUCGACGUGAUCGACAGCAUCAAGGCCAGGCUCCACGACGUCUCCUGCGCAGAUAUCGUCGUCUUCGCGGGGCGCGAGUCAGCCCGCAUCCUGAGCAAGGGGAGCAUCGACUACACCCUCGCGCCGGGCCGCCUGGACGGCGUGGUCUCGUCCGCGGCGGAAGCCGACGCCACCCUUCCAGAGGCCAGCUUCAGCUUCCAGGAGCUCAAGGACAACUUCAACCGCACCGGCUUUAGCGUGGAGGACCUGGUCAUUCUGUCCGGUGCGCACUCCAUCGGCGUUGCCCACCGCACGUCCUUCCAGGACCGCCUCGACGUGGCCACGCAAACCCCGAUCGACCCCGAGUACCAGACGGCCCUCAGGUACCGCGUCAACGUUGAUGGGCUAAAGACGCCGAACCCGGCGGAGAAGAACAACAUCCGCGACAUGAGCCCCUUUUUUCAGGGAGUCUCCGGCUACAACUCCUCGGGGGUGAACCUGUACACUCCGGAGGCGGGUGCCCUGGACAACAGCUACUAUACCGCCAACCUCCAGAAAAUGGUGCUCUUCAAGUCCGACUGGGAGCUGAACCAAGACCCCACACACUUUGCGGGAGACAAGCUUAUCGAGUAUAGGGACAACGCCGCGGAUUGGGACCUCGACUUCAGCGACGCCAUGGCCAGGCUCAGCAGCCUCACUUCCCCUGGCCCCAGAUCGGAAGUCAGGAAGCACUGCAGGCGCACCAACUCUUACUAG